AUGGACCUGGCCGACCAGUCGCCGGCUAAGCAACUGCCUCUUGACCGAGACGUUUCGGCACGACGGACUGAUGACUACGAGCCGCGAGGGAUUUCGAAUACAGAGAUGCACAACUCGCCAUUGUCAACAGGUGGGCGGAACAACGCCGACGCUUCACACGCCUCGCCACCGCCACCGAAUGGAGGCUAUGGAUGGGUUUGCACAGCCUGCGUGGCUCUCGUCAAUGCCCAUACUUGGGGCCUGAACUCCAGCUAUGGCGUCUUCCUCGCCCAUUUUCUGGCAAACGACACGUUCCCAGGGGCCACUCCGCUGCAGUAUGCCUUUGUGGGCUCACUGAGCAUCAGCUGUGCGCUCUUGAUCUCUCCAGUGGCAACAAUAUGUGUGCGGGAAUUCGGAACCAAGCCAACAAUGUUUGCCGGUGCUAUUAUGGAGGCCGCAAGUCUUGCCUGUGCCGGCUUAGCGAGCAAGAUCUGGCAUCUCUUCCUGACGCAAGGUCUUCUCUUCAGUCUCGGCAUGGGAUUCUUGUUCAUACCAUCAGUUGCAAUAGUGCCCCAGUGGUUCACCACGAAGCGAUCUCUAGCCAAUGGAAUUUCCGCCUGUGGCUCUGGUCUGGGGGGCCUACUAUACUCGCUCGCUGCUGGUGCUAUGAUCCGGAGUGUGGGCCUAGGCUGGGCGUUUCGGAUCCUCGGGAUGUUGGCAUUUGUCGUCAACACGAGUUGCAUCUUGCUCAUCGAGGACCGGAACGACAUCAUUGGAUCGAGCCAAUCGGCAUUCGAUACGGCGCUCCUCAAACGACCGGAAUUUUUGCUGCUUCUCGGGUUCGGCUGGUUCAGUAUGCUUGGUUACGUCGUGCUCAUCUUUAGCCUGGCCAACUACGCGAACAACAUCGGACUUGACAGCUCGCAAGCUGCGCUCAUUUCUGCAUUCUUCAACCUCGGUCAAGGAGUCGGCCGUCCCUUUGUGGGGUACUUCAGUGAUCGAACUGGACGCAUCAACAUGUCCGGCUUCAUGACAUUUCUGACUGGCGUGUUUGCGCUGGUUAUCUGGGUCAACGCCAAACAAUACGGCGUGCUGAUCUUCUUUGCCAUCGUCUGCGGCGCUGUCGCUGGUACCUUCUGGACCACUGUUGGCCCAGUGACGGCCGAAGUGGUUGGUUUGAGGAACGUCCCUUCGGCGCUGUGCUUGACUUGGCUCGUCAUCUCGCUGCCUUGCCUGUUUAGCGAGCCCAUUGCUCUUCAAAUCGUCCAAAACACGGGGACAUAUCUCGGAACACAGUUGUUCACCGGCUUGAUGUAUGUUGCUGCAGCAGUCGUUCUCGUUGCAGUCAGAAGCUGGAAGAUCGGCGAAGUAGAAGAGAUCGCCAAGAUGCUCGAUGAGUCUCCCGAUAACAUUGACCGAGUCAAGAUUGAGAACAACGAACAGCUGUGUCGAGAAGGCAGAAAAGCGGGCAGGAAGAAAAUUCUGACCGGAAUUUGUCGACUGGGAAAGGUUUAA